AUGCCGUCUGCCAUCCCACAGCCCAAAGCCAAGAAUGGCAUCACCAAGUUUACCAACUGCCGCCUGGUUCGCGGCGAUCACGUCGUCGAAGAGGAUCUCUGGAUCAGCUCCGUCACUGGCAAGGUCAUCCAAAGCCAGACAGCAUUUUAUGAUGAGUUGAUUCUACCGGACGAGACGAUCGACCUCGGCGGCCGUCUUAUCGCCCCUGGAUUCAUUGAAUGCCAGCUCAAUGGAGCGUUCGGCUUCAAUUUCUCGACACAAUUUGACGAUAUGUCACAAUAUGGCAAGAAGCUGAGAGACCUAAACAAAAGCCAAACAAAGGAGCUGUACCACAGUGUCCUACCUUUCCUCGGACCUUCCGGACACUUGCGGAUUGCCGAAGACGGCGCCGAAUCACUAGGUGCUCACGUUGAAGGACCAUUUCUGAGUCGCACGAAGCAUGGUGUUCACAAUACCAAUAUCAUGCGGGAGGCGCAUAGCUGGGACGAUCUGGAGACGAUCUACGGUGCGGAGAACAUCACUCCCGGUGCCGCCGAGGGGCCAUUGCCGGUGAAGAUGCUCACGGCCGCUCCCGAGGUUGGAGAGAUGACGAAACUGAUCCCGGAACUCACGUCAAGAGGCAUCAUUUACUCCAUCGGGCAUUCGGAAGCGACGUAUGAGGAGGCCUCGGCGGCCGUUGGCCAGGGCGCUACGAUGAUUACGCACCUGUUUAACGCGAUGCGACCUCUGCACCACCGCAAUCCCGGCAUUUUCGGUGUUCUGGGUAUCGCGGAGAGCCUGCCCCGCCCGUACUUUGGCAUCAUCUCCGAUGGCAUCCAUCUACAUCCGACCACGAUCAAGAUCGCCUUCAACGCCCACCCAGACGGCUUCAUCCUCGUGACUGAUGCCAUGCACCUGGUUGGUGUGCCUGAUGGCACUUACACCUGGACCAACGGCGAUGAGCAGAACAAUCUCGUCAAGAAGGGAACGGUCCUCCUGCUUGAGAACUCGGAAACGAUCGCUGGCAGUACUAUCACUCUGAUCCAGUGUGUCAACAACUUUAUCAAGUGGACCGGAACGAGCACCUCAGCGGCCCUCAAAGCAGUAACCGUCACCCCGGCAGCAAUGCUCGGCCUCCAAGGCAUCAAGGGCUCGCUGGACCCCGGUGCCGAUGCAGACCUAGUCAUCCUCUCGGACAAUGACGAGUCCGGUACCCCCCUCGUCAUCGAAGAGGUCUGGAAAUUUGGCACCAAGGUCUCGGUGCGAGGCGACUAUGAAUUCUAA